AUGAGAUUAGUUGUUUGCAUUUUACUCCUAUGUUCAACAGCAAUUGCUAUUCCAAAAAAGCAAAUAUAACUUAGAACAAAAUACAAUUAACCAAUUAAUGCUUAAGAAAUUAAAUUAAGUGAUGUAGAUUUAGCACUCUAUUAAACUGAUGUUCAGUAAGAUGGAUAGAGAAAUCAUCUAAAAUCAGAAAUUACAAAUUGGGCUGCAGCUAAAAGUACUUUAAUAGAGUAACUCUCUGCUUUCUAUAAUUACUUCGAAAUAUUUUUAUCCAAAUAAUAAUAGAUUGGAAUAUUUUUAGUUUGCUUUAUUUGUUUUGCCUUCUACUUGAUGGUAAAAUCUGAAGAUAGAAACAUAAAAAAUAGAAAGCAAAACCCUAAGAGAAUGCCUUAAAAAUAUUAGGAACCUAAUGUAGUAAUAUUAACAGAUUCUAUUAUUGGAAAAGAACAAUCCCCUUAGCCUUUAGUAUCAACUAUUAUAGGAUCGAUAAUUUAUGAAGAACGAGUGUUUUUAUAAUGUUUAAACUUUUUAGGAAUAAAUCAGCUGACGAUUUGAAAAAUAAGGAAUAACCCCAUCCUUUAUAGAGAUCGAAUUCAUAGCCAUUUAUUAAACCAUAUCAUCCAGAUUAUUCGGCUGAAGAAAUAAACGAUUUAUUGAAGGAUAUCAAUUGAU